AUGACCUUGGAUUCCACUAAGGUCGUUGAUUUCGGACCUCCGCGUGGCCGCGGAAUCGUCGCUUUACGCGAAUUCAAAGCCGGGGAACAGAUUUUCACGGAAUCUCCCUUAUUAUGCUGUCAGUUCUCUUGGAAUAGCCUCUAUGGUUACCGUGCCUGUGACCAUUGCAUGCGCCCCCUGGAAUCAGCAGAAGAAAAUGCAAGGCGACUUACGAAUAAUUUCACUCUGGUUCUGCCUUAUCCUGAUUGUGGUUCACUAUCCUCUGUGCUGGACGUUUGUCGCUGCGAAAACUGUGGAGUAUAUUAUUGCUCCCAGGAGUGUUUAAAAUCCGCCUCAAUGUUGUAUCAUCUUGCCAUAUGUCCACGUCAACCAGCUCUUAAAGACGCUUUAGCUCAUUUGGAUGAGGUUUGGCGUCAAAUGCACUAUCCCCCAGAAACUAGUACCAUCAUGUUGUUGAUUCGAAUAGUUGGUGCCUGCUUAUCUGCCCAUGUGCAUCAAUCUAUUCCGUCCCAGCACAUAAUGGAUGCAUUGAAAGGUUUUGUUUCUGAGACAAUGGUUAAAGCUGUCACUUCAAGUUCCUAUUCGGAACAUAUAUCUCACAAACUUCUUCGUCUGGAGUUUAUUCCCCACUUACAAAAGCUACAUGAAUCCUUCGUUUCGGUUUUGGAGAAGUUUGCUGAGUUUUGGUGUCGCCAAAUGCCGUCCGAUUUCGACUGUUUAGCACUACUAAAACAUGUUGGAUUGGAUGGCCUGUUGAUCAUCGAGAAAUUUAAAUCAGCUAUCUGUUUGCUGGGGCGUAAUGGGCAAGGUGUUGCUACCAGUGCUUUCAGUUUAUGGGCUCGUAGUGUCGAAAAAUAUAUGGAAUCAAUCGGAGAUGCGCAGAAGGUGGCGGAGUUUGAAGAGUUCCUCAAUCAGGUUUAUUCUUCCAUGGAUGAACACGUUGGAGGCUUCUUGGAUAACGAAGGAGUAGCCCUCUAUCAAUAUCAAAGUCUCAUCAAUCACAGUUGCGCCCCCAAUGCCAGUGUGGAGUUUUCGGGUGAGACGAGUCAGCUGGCAAUUGUGGCCCACCGAGAUAUAUCUUCGGGUGAGGAAAUCACCAUAUCUCAUUUCACUCUGACUUUANCGAGCUUAUUCUGCUGUUUCUCGGAGUCUUCUGACGACGGUGACACAGGAAGACCAUCUCAAGGAGGAGCACAAGGUGACGAUCUGGAAACUCGUCGUAGACUUCAAGCUGAGGCAGCAGAGCGCCGUCGGGCAGAUUUUGAAGCACGCGGUUUGGCUGAUCCACAGAGUGUGAAAAGGAAACAAGCUCGGGCUGAACAGAAGGAUCAUGCUGAAAGUCUCCAUCGUAGCGGUCAAGGUCCCGAAUUGCGAUGGAACGUGGGGUGA